UGCGUGCGUGCCGACUACACGUGAAGCAGGCAGCAUGGCUGAAAAAACAGAAGUCGCACUAGACCGGGCUCAGGUGAAGAAGGCCGUCCAGGCUUUGCAGGCUUUCCUCAAAACCAAAGCCUCUGGCGAGUCGCUGUUCCUGGACGAGACACAGCAGGUCACCCUUCUCUUCACCCUGUGGAAGAUCCCUAAAAAGCCACAGACCAUCCGCAUUCCUUUGCCUCAUGGCCAGCGGACUGACACAGAUGAGAUUUGCCUCUUCACCAGAGAUGAGCCCAAGAUGACCUCAGAGCAGACCCAGAGGUUUUAUAAGAAGUUCCUUGAGGAGAAAGGUGUCAAAAACAUAUCUGAGAUCAUUCCAUACAAGGUGUUGAAGACAGAGUAUAAACCGUAUGAGGCUAAGCGCCGCCUGCUGGGGAACUUUGAUCUGUUUCUUUCUGAUGCCCGCAUUCGCCGCCUGCUGCCUUCCCACAUCGGAAAACAUUUCUACGAGAGAAAAAAAGAGCCGCUGUCUGUGGACCUGCAGAGCAAACAUCUGGCCAGAGACAUCCAGAGAGUCAUCCAGGGCACCAGCAUGAAGGUUACCAACAAAGGCUGCUGCUGUAUGGCACGUGUUGCCCACUCCGGCAUGACUGCAGACGAGGUGACGGAAAACAUCAUGGCUGCCGUCCAAACAGUGGCAGCCAAACUACGGACGAAAGGACCGGUGAUGAAGCUCAUCCAUGUAAAGAGUCAAACGUCGGUGGCCCUUCCCAUCUACACCUCAGACCUGAGCCACCUCACCGAGCUCGAGAAGAUCCAGAGUCAGACUCCCAAAAACAAGGGAACUCCUAAAAAGCAGAACAAAGCAAAGAAGAACAAGAAGGAAGGCAAAAAGCAAACAGAUUCUCCUGCAGAGAAGAAGGGAAAGGAGAAGAAGGAGGUGAAAAAGGAGGCGGUGAAGGAGAAAGAAGAAGAGGACGAUGAAGAAAUCCCACAGCUGGUUCCCAUAGAAACACCUAGCAAAAAGCCUAAACUGGAGAAGCCGUCCAAAAAGAAGCAGCUGGAGAAAGCACCCAAACCUGCUGCAGGGAAGAAAGCAAAACAAGCUCAGAGCAAACUGACCAAGAAGACGGCCAAGACGGACUCCAAAGCAAAAAGAAAAGUGCCGAAAGUGAAAUGAUUCUCAGCAUCUUCACCUUCUCGACAUGGACGUUUGACACAGUUCGCAGGACCACACUGUUCAUAGAACGGCCGUUAUACUCACUGUCUGUUUGUGCUUUAAUGAACCAUAUUAUAAAGAUAGUCACCUGAAAUUUUGUCUUCUCUGAAGGUGUCUUUUUCCUCAGGAGACUGUUUUAUUUGUCACAGCAAAGGUGGAACUAACGUUGUUAUCAGUGGCUGUUUCAUUUGAGUGUGUCAAAAAGCUACAACAGUGAGACAAUAAACGGCGUCGGAGCCUGAAAUACAGUUAAAAAUGGUGCAACAGUUAACAUUAUAAAUAAAACCAGUGACUUUCAUCUUGUCAAAUAUAAAUUCUUUUUGUGAAAAACACAAA